GCCACUCGCUUCCCUACCUAAGAUGGCGGCGGCGACGACGACGAGGCCGAGACAGAUCGCGCGCGCCGCACGCCUACGCCGAUAAUUGAAUUUGGGGUGUCCGUGCGUUAUUUUGUCGGAAGGCGGGCUCGUAAGAUUCCGAACGCUAUAAUUUUGUAUUGCACUACUUAAUAUUGUUUUCGUUAAAUUGAAAAUUACCCACGGCUAGCUAUAAUUUAAUACUGCAGGCAGUAACACUCCCAAGCUUAAGGAGUAGAAACCGGAGUGGCCGUAUCGGCUUUCAACAUGAGCACAACCAACCCAUCCCAGCUGCUGCCUCUAGAGCUGGUGGACAAGUGCAUUGGAUCCCGCAUCCACAUUGUCAUGAAGAAUGACAAGGAGAUCGUUGGCACCUUGCUGGGUUUUGAUGACUUUGUCAAUAUGGUGCUGGAAGAUGUUACGGAGUUUGAGACAACAACAGAAGGCAGACGAAUAACUAAACUGGAUCAAAUUCUUCUCAAUGGGAACAAUAUUACGAUGUUAAUUCCUGGAGGAGAGGGGCCUGAAGUCUAAUGCAGAGCUCCGUUUGUGUUUGAUGUUGGAUAGAAUGAAUAUACUAUUUUUAUUUGUGUAUUACAGGUUGUGAAGGCAUUUUCACAUUCAAUGUUACUUUCAGCCAAUUAUUAUUGAUACAAACAUGAUAACUACUUCAACUUGUAAAGGAUGUAAAGCAUAUGUGUGACAAUGCUGUACAUUUCUUGUGUGAAGUUUGAAUAAAAUUUGUUACACAUUGGCAUACCUA